AUGAUGCUGGAAAACCUACAGGGACCCAGAAAUGUCAUCCAUGCAAAAACCAACAUAGACUUGGGCAGUCCCACUAAGAAAAAUGAUUUCAGAUACCCGCACAAGACACACCUCAAACCAGCCCUUGAUCAGCCUAUACCGGAGCGACCCAUUAUUCGGCAAAUUACAAUUGAUCUUCGACCUAUCCUGGGGCAGGUUAUUGAUGCUUGUGAAGUGGAUAAUGAAGACACACCAGAAGUUUUAAAACAAGAGAACAAAAGAAGUGAGGCACAUACAGAUAUUUCAUCUCCCUUGCAGAGGAAUUCAGGGGCAAUCAGCAUUUCUCUCCCCUCAGUGUCAAGCUGUAAAAGCUGUGAAAAGUCCAGGCCUCCACAAACUGUUGAGCGGGCAGUAAGUUUGGUGGCACUAACAAACGAAGGCACACUUACUUGUGACCCAGUACACAAAUCUAGGAACUCUUUCCCUGCUUUCUUCCCCAAAGUAAUAUUAAACCAAAUUCCUCCUCCGAAGACCUCUAAGGAGCAAAGGCCUUUAAGUAAAAUUAAUGCAUCUUGGCAAGGUGUGGAGAAACUGCAACUUCCAAUGUCUGAACUGGUGAGGCUGGUGAAGGAGAGGACAGACAGUGGGCAUCACACACUAAUUGCCCGAGUGCUCUGUUCACUUAGAGAAAAAGAGGAGAAACCCAUUCAUCAAGGUGCACAGGAUGUCAGAGAGCUAGGAAGCAUGCAUGAGGAGACACCCUAUAUAACAUGUGCCGUUGGGGGUACCAGACUGACAUGGAUGAAAAGAAGGUGAUGGAUCUCUGUAAAAAUCAGAAGGAUACAAAACCUGAGACUUUUAGUCCUUUUUUGACAGCAACUAUUCCCACAUAAUCUCUGCUUCCCUGCUUUUCAUGUUUGUAAAUCAAAUCCUGCCCCAUAUGAUUUUCUUCCCAAUGAGGAGACGUUACUAGCAGAAUAAUAUCCCCUGAUCUGUAACGUAGAGGAAAUGAUUCCCUGAGACUGGAUUGGGUGUUUGAGUUCUGGUCAGGAUGUGACAUCUUCUCAUAGAGCAGGAAUCUCUGCUGGGAUCAUAACCUUUUGCUUAAAAUCACAUUGAGUAAUGUAAAUUCUUUAUUUAAAAAUAAAAUAAAAAUUCUACACAAAUAUGUAAUAUUUUUGCAGUUUAACGAUUUGGUCCAUUCUGCACUAAUAUUUUCAUUUUGGGGAUACCAAAUAUACAACUCAGUGCUGCAGAGGCAAGCCCCAGCCCUUGUCAAGUACAUUUACAGGCCACUUUAUUAUGUUGUUUACGCCAAAUUCUGACCCUACCAUCUUAAUGUCGCAGCUGAAAUUGAGACUCAUCAGACCAGGCAACAUUUUUCCAAUCUUCUCUUGUCCAAUUUUGAUGAGUCUGUGUAAAUCGUAGCCUCAGUUUCCUGUUCUUAGCUGACAGGAGGGGCACCUGGUGUGGUCUUCUGCUGCUGUA